AUGGCUGUUCAAGCGCAACAGCAGUUUCUGGAGAGCGCCGCCCCAUUGCUCUGCAACGGCGGCAGCGGCCAUUCUGGGCUCGGAUGGGUCGAGGGAAGAGGAGGGCGAUCGAUGGUGGAGUUUUAUCUCCCUCCCUUUCAGAAGCAGUAUCAACAGCAGCAACAGGUGUUGAUGACGAUGAUGGGGAACCAGCAGCGCAGCCCCGUCGGCCUCUCCUGUCCUCCUCCCUCGACCAAGAUCAUCCCGACGGAUGUCUCUUAUUGCCUGGCGUCGCAGAUGGAUAAGCAGAAGCGGGAGAUUGACGAAUUCCUCCGCUUGCAGGUAAUACAACCGUAUUGUCUUUGCUUCUCUCAGAAUAAAGAAUCUGCAGCACUGGACUCUCUUCUUCUUAUUCUUCUUCUUCUUGUUAGGUCUGUCUUUAAUCGGUUUUCCUCGUUCUUUGUCACGGACAGAGCGAGAGGAUGAGAAUAGCAUUGCAGCAGCAGAUGAGGGAUCAGCUCCUUGUGCUGACGAGGCGGCUGGAUUCGAAGGCGUCCACGCUGCUGAAGCAGAAGGAGGAGGAUCUGGCAAGGGCCAGCAAGAAGACAUUGGAGCUGGAGGAGUGCCUGAAGCGGGCGGAGGCGGAGGGGCAGACGUGGAAGAGGAUAGCCAAGGAGAACGAGGCCAUGGCCCUCGUCCUGCAGAACACGCUAGAACAGGUGCGCGACAAUCCCUGCCGCUCCUCCGCCGCCGGCGUUAUACCUGCGGCGUCUGCGCUGGGGGACGACGCCGCCUCCUGCUGCGACUCCACUUCCGCCGCCGCCGCCGCUCGUCCCAAUGGCGGCAGGGGGGGAGGAAACCGAGAGGGAGAAUGGCAAGGUAACGCGGUUUCCGGCCGUUGCAGGGGAUGCGGCUCGCACGAUUCGUGCAUGCUAUUCAUGCCCUGUAUGCACCUAUGCGCAUGCGAGCUCUGCGACUCGCUGCUCGACUCCUGCCCCGUCUGUAGAUCUGCGAAGCAAGGUAGCAUUGAAGUCUUCUUGUCAUAG